AUGUACACGGAUGAUUACCUGGAUCACUGCAGGAGAGUGCAGACACAGGGGAAACUGGAAGUUCCUAUGGUUUGGGAUGUUGGACAUGCUAUUAUUCGCUAUAACAUGGAUUGUAAAGUUGAUGCUCAUGAAGAGCACGGUCUCGUUGAUACAUCAUAUGCCGUGGAAAAUUCAAAAGUAAGCGAAAGCUUCUUGCUGAUGAAAUUCUACUCUUUAUCAUCUGGAAUGGCAAAGCAUUUGCUGACAGCUACUGAUGGGUCUGAAAUCAACAUCCCCUUUGAACUGAGUGAUGAAGAGCAGGUGAUUAUCCAAUUCCCGCUCACUAGUUUUAUACUUGGGAGGUCGGGCACCGGAAAAACCACUGUAUUGACAAUGAAAAUGAUUCAAAAAGAGCAACUGUCAUUGAUCGCAUCCCAAGGUCUAAAUUUGGACGGAGCUGAUUUGUCUGCGGCAGAUGACAAUAAACUUAUGCCACUAAAGAAUGUAGGAGAAUGUUCUGUGAAACAAAUAUUUAUCACUGUGAGCCCAAAGUUAUGUUCAGCCAUAAAAGAUUACAUCUACAGACUUAAAAGAUUUGGCACUGGUGAUGUCUCUGAUCAGCCAAGCAUUCUUCGCAUGCAUGACGUCAUGGAUGACCUGGAAGAGUUUACAGAAAUUCCUGACAAUUUUUGUGAUCUACCUCAUGAGCACUAUCCUCUUACUAUUACAUACCGUAAGUUUCUGAUGAUGCUUGAUGGAACAUGCCGGACAUCAUUUUUUGAUGUAUUUUAUGGUGAAAUGAAGUCUAGCUUUGAGAGAGGCCAUUCAAGAUCUCGUGCAGUGCAAACUUUUAUUGAAUUGAAUGAAGUUACCUACGAAAAAUUUGCUACUUUCUACUGGUCUCGUUUUAAUAAAGACCUGACGAAGAAAUUUGAUGCGUCCACUGUUUUCACUGAAAUAGUCUCUCACAUUAAGGGCACAUAUCAAGCAUGUGGGCCUUAUACUGGAAAACUGGGAAGACAAGAUUAUGUGAUGCUCUCAGAUAAAAGAAUUUCAUCUUUGAACAAAGAGAAAAGAAAUAAAAUUUAUGAUAUAUUCCUUGAAUAUGAAAGUAUGAAAUGCUCUGCCAGGGAGUUUGAUUUGUCCGAUUUUGUCAGUAGUCUUCAUGCUAGUCUUGCAUCUGAUGGCUACAAUGGAGAUUUGGUGGAUUUUGUUUACAUAGAUGAGGUACAGGAUCUGACCAUGACACAAAUAGCACUUCUUAAGUAUGUCUGCAGGAACAUCAAGGAAGGCUUCCUUUUUGCUGGUGACACUGCACAGACUAUAGCAAGGGGUAUCGAUUUCAGGUUUGAAGAUAUCCGUUCACUUUUUUAUACUGCAUUCCUCACAGAAACUGAGGCGUCUAAACUAGGACUUAAACAUGGGGAGAAAUCCCAUCUCUCUGAUAUGUUCCAAUUGUCUCAAAAUUUCCGCACACAUUGUGGCAUCCUCCGUAUGGCACAGAGUAUCAUGAGGCUUCUGUGCUCCUUUUUCCCAUCAAGUGUUGACAAGCUUAAUCCAGAGACUGGACUGGUAUACGGAGAAGCUCCUGUGCUGCUGGAGUCUGAUAACGAUGAAAACGCUAUUAUGAGAAUUUUUGGAGAAAACAAAAGUCAACAUGGUAAUCUGCAUGGGUUUGGCGCUGAUCAAGUCAUAUUAGUUCGUGAUGAUGCCACCAAAAAACAAAUUAUUGAUGUUGUUGGUAAACAAGCUCUUGUUCUGACUAUUGUUGAAUGUAAGGGCCUUGAGUUUCAGGAUGUGCUGUUGUACAACUUUUUUGGUUCGUCACCUUUAAGAAAUAAAUGGAGGGUUCUGUAUGGCUACAUGAAACAUAAAGCUAUUAUAGCACACUCCGAGGAGACCUCUCACCCAGGUUUUGACAGAAGCAAGCAUUAUCUACUCUGUUCAGAGCUGAAGCAACUCUAUGUUGCAAUCACACGCACUAGGCAAAGAUUGUGGAUAUGCGAAAAUACAGAUGAUUACUGCCGACCAAUGUUUGACUACUGGAAGAAAUUGUGUCUUGUAGAAGUUAGAUUACUUGAUUCUUCCCUCAUUCAGGCCAUGCAAACAGGGAGCAGCAUUGAUGAUUGGAGGCUACGGGGAACCAAGUUAUUCAAUGAGGGGCAAUUCGAGAUGGCUACUAUGUGUUUCGAAAAGGCUGGUGAUGCACACAGAGAGAAGUGGGCAAGAGCUGCUGAACUUGUGGUGACUGCUGACCAUGCCAUCUCCACAAAUUUGGAGUUAGGCAAGGCUUCAUUGCAAACAGCAUCAGAGAUUUACGAGUCCAUAGGAAUGCAUGAGAAAGCUGCUACGUGUUAUAUCAAAUUAGGUGACUACAAAAGAGCAGGUACGCUCUACAUGGAAAACUGUGGUACUUCUACUUCUAGACUUGAGGAUGCUGGUGAUUGCUUUGCUAGGGCUGAAUGCUGGUCGGAGGCAGCUGAAGUGUUUUUCAAAGCUAAAUGUUACACCAAGUGUUUCUCCAUGUGCUCAAAAGGAAAACAAUUAUUCAAUCGGGGCUUGCAGUUUCUGCAACAGUUGGAGGAGGAACAUAUGCUUGAGGAUUCAAAAUCCUUGGAGGUUUCUGCAAUUAGAUCAGAGUAUCUAGAAAAUUGUGCUCAACAUUAUUUUGAGUGUGGUGACAUAAAGCGUAUGAUGCCUUUUGUUAAGGCUUUCAGUUCUGUGGAUAAUGUACAGGCAUUCUUGAAGUCUAGGAAUCUUCUUGAGGAACUGUUUAGUAUAGAGAUGAAAAACGGUAAUUUCGUUGAAGCUGCAGGGAUAGCAAAGCAUAAAGGAGAUGUCUUACUGGAGGUGAAAAUGCUCGAGAAGGCAGAUUUGUUUGAGGAUGCAACGCGGCUUCUCCUCCUCCACAUCAUUGUAAAUUCUUUGUGGUUUUUAAAUAAUAAAGGGUGGCCUCCCAAAAGAAAUCUAGAGAAGGAACAGUUGCUUGCAGAAGCCAAAGAGAUGGCGAAGAAGGUAUCUGAUUGCUUCUACGGCUUCGUUUGCCUGGAAGCUGAUGCACUGUCAGAUGUGAUUAAGUCUCUUCCCGAUUUAACUUGCACUUUGCUUGAGGGCAGAAAAUGUGGGAACUUGUUUGUUAAAUUUAUUGCUUCCCGUUCAAUUAUUGAUGUUCAUCUUCAGUCUCGAACCUCUGGAUACAAUUUAGAGAUAGGGCCAGGAUCUGAAGAUGAAAAUAGUUGUAAUAAUAUGCUGGCUUCUAAUCAGAUGUCACCCCAGACUCUGUUUAAUGCCUGGAAUCGCUGGAAGUCGAUCAUACUCAAUGCACUAUCUCAUCUUCGCCACACUGAUGGUCCAGAAUUAAAUGACUACACAGUUAUGUAUGAAGAUCUUUUCGCCAAGUACUUUGGAUUGAGAAAAGAUGAUGAAGUUGACAGAUAUGUGGUACUUAACAUGAAUGCAAGCUGGCUUUCUAAUGCUGGCAUAAGUUCUUUGCGGCUAGAUGGCAAUAGAUGUUUACUGGAUGCCCCUCGGUGUCAUUCGUGUGCUCGGUAUUUCUGGAUGAAUGAGAUGUCUUCUGUUGGUUUAAGUGUACUUAAGAAGUUGGAGUCAUUUGUUCAAAUUUCUCCAAAGCCAGAAUCUUUGUAUACCCUGGUGAGAACAAACGUUAUUAUAAGUGAGAUAGAAAAGUUUUUGGAAGAACCACAGUUCAGUAUGCCAAAAAUGAAGUUAAGAAACUUCUUUGUUCUCUGUGAGCGUCGCUUCUUUGAGUUAAUAUUUCUUGCGUGGAGAGAUGGGACAACAAGGAGCCUCUUGCCUAUACUUGAGUCACCAGCCGCAUAUGGAUUGAUUGCUGAUUCUCUUAGUGCACACCUUCGGCGAACAGAUAAAAAUUUGACUCAUGGGCAUCUUGGGAGAACAACCAUGCUUCUGCUUCAUACAGCACAACUGGAUGAUGCGCUACUUUCUAGACUAGUACAUUACCUGGACAACAAUUCCAGGUGGGCAGAUUUUUAUCGAUGUUUGAAGAGAUUUCUUGAUACUGGUGUUGAUAGACCCCCCUUGAUCUUGAACUUUAAGCGUGCUCUUGAGUUCACCUUCAGUCGUGUGAUGCGGAGGGAUGAACGGGACUAUAUAUCCCCAAUAUGCUAUGUGUGUCUGAUGGAGUGCCUUGGUUUCAUGGCUUCAUCAUACCUUCUACCGAAAGGUUGUGUGUACUGCACGAAGUCUCUGUUGGUGAAUAUGCUAGAGUGCCGUACCAGCAAGGUUUACCUUGACACCUUCCUGGCAUCUAAUUCGAGCCCAGAUUACGAUCUUAAUCGCUUGGCAUUCUCAUCAGGGCGUUUCAUAUUUGAGGCAGUUAUGACUCUGUUGACAGAGAAGGAUAUGCUCUGGGAAUGGGUACAGAAGACGUCAAGUCCUAGUUCAUACUCCGAGGUCCUCCGGAGACUAGUGGUCACACUUUAUCCUCUGAUCCUAACUCAUGAGCUUGUGUUCAAAAAAGGAACCCUGGCUCAUGAUCUGCAGAAUUGCUAUGAUCUCACAAGCACUCUUCAGCGGGGCAGAUUCUUUGUGGAUUUACCUUUGGAGUUUUCUGAGAAGAUGGUCCGUGCUUUGCAAAUAAGGCCUCGCACGCCGAGCAACUUCACAAGAGUGCUUGCUGAUGCACUGGACGCAGUCGGAGAUCGUAUGGUAGUUAUAGUGGGCUCACGCAAAGCCCGAGCAGUCUGCCCAAACUUAAAUGCCUACAUGAUUAGCAAGGAGGAAUUGUAUGAUGCUCCGAAGAUAAUGGCUCUUCUUCGUUCCGACGAGCCAAGCUGUGCAAAGCAAGAGGCUGCACUGCCAGAAAAUUCUGAUGCUAACAAAAACAUUCCUAAGGCUGUACAAGAUAUUAAUAAGGUGGAGAGUACAGGUGAAAUAUCUUUUAGUGAUGAGAAUGCUCCCUUCUGGGAUAUGUUUGAGAGGUUUCAAGUCAACAAGCAAGGCCAGUUAUUCUAA